AUUCAUUCAUCUAUUCUUUAAUUAGUCAAUACGGGCGAAAGCAAAGUGGCGUGUAUUUGUUGAGUUUUUAACUAUUUUUUGUAUGUUUGUUUAAUUUAAAUCCUUUUUACAUUAUUUGUGUUAUUUAUUAAUAAGAAUACAGAAAGUGCUCACCAUUGUUCGCUGUUCCAACAGUUGAACAAUGUUUUUACAAAGUGCUCUGGGCAAGAGCUUGUUGCUCUUCGUCUUGGUGUUGGCUGUAGGUGUGUUCGCCCAAUUUGAGUGGCAAGCUAGAGAUGCCUUUGAUGAAAUCAAAAUUAAAUAUGACAAAGUGAAUGGCGACAAUUGUCCUAUACAACAUGUUAGCGAUUUGUAUUUGCCAGAGGAUACGGUGUCCCAUAAACCAGAUAUUAAGGAGAUCAAUAUAAAUCCCAUAUUUCCAAAUCGUACCGCACUGCUGCAUUUACACAACAUGGCUUUGAGUCGAAGUUUCUUUUGGAGUUAUAUUUUACAAUCGAGAUUUAUCAGACCAGCCAUAAAUGAUACCUAUGAUCCUGGUAUGAUGUAUUAUUUCUUGUCAACGGUGGCAGAUGUUUCAGCAAAUCCCUACAUCAACGCUUCGGCCAUAUACUUUGCACCAAACAGUUCAUACACUUCCUCAUAUCGUGGCUUCUUCAACAAGACAUUCCCCAGGUUUGGCCCGCGUACCUUCCGCCUGGAUGAUUUCAAUGAUCCCAUACAUUUGCAAAAAAUUUCCACCUGGAAUACAUUUGAUGUACGGGAUUUGGGUGCCCAUCCACCAGAAUCGAAAUCGAAUGACUACUCCUCAGAUCUGUAUAAAAUAAAUGAGUGGUAUAGAAAAUGGUUACCCGACGAUGUGGAGGGACGACAUGACACCAAGACAACAUAUCAAGUGGAAAUUCGCUAUGCCAAUAAUACGAAUGAAACCUUUACAUUCCAUGGUCCACCCGGAGCUGAUGAAGAUCCUGGUCCAGUGAAGUGGACAAGACCGUAUUUCGAUUGUGGUCGCUCAAAUAAAUGGUUGGUUUCAGCUGUUGUGCCAAUUGCAGACAUCUAUCCUAGACACACACAAUUUAGACAUAUUGAAUAUCCAAAAUACACUGCCGUUGCUGUCCUUGAAAUGGACUUUGAAAGAUUAGACAUAAAUCAAUGUCCCAAAGGCGAGGGUAAUAAAGGACCAAAUCAUUUUGCCGACACGGCUCGAUGUAAAAAAGAAACCACAGAAUGUGAACCAUUACAUGGCUGGGGUUUCAGGCGGGGUGGCUAUCAAUGUCGAUGUAAACCUGGAUAUCGAUUACCAAAUGUUGUGAGGCGACCGUACUUGGGCGAAAUAAUUGAAAGAGCUUCAGCUGAACAAUACUACAAUGAUUAUGAUUGUUUAAAAAUUGGAUGGGUGCAAAAAGUCCCCAUACAAUGGGAAAGGGCCCCAUACCAUAUACGUGAAAAGUACUUGGACAAACAUCCGGAAUAUCGUAACUAUACAACUGGUGCUGCUGCCCUACAUUCGGAAAAUUUAAAUAUUGAUCAGGCAUUGAAGUUUAUACAUGGCGUCAAUUACAAGACAUGCAAAAACUUCCAUCCACAGGACUUGAUUUUACGCGGAGAUGUUAGUUACGGUGCUAAGGAACAAUUCGAGAAUGAAGCUAAAAUGGCCGUGCGUUUGGCUAAUUUUAUUAGUGCUUUCCUACAGGUCUCCGAUCCCAAUGAAGUAUACACGGGCAAACGUGUGGCCGAUAAACCACUUACCGAAGAUCAAAUGAUCGGUGAAACAUUGGCCAUUGUGUUGGGUGACACAAAGGUCUGGUCGGCUGCCACACUUUGGGAACGUAAUAAAUUCACAAACCGUACCUACUUUGCACCCUAUGCCUAUAAGACUGAAUUAAAUACACGCAAAUUCAAACUAGAAGAUUUGGCACGUCUCAACAAAACCCAUGAACUCUAUACGGAAAAGAAGAAUUUCAAGUUCUUGAAACAACGGUGGUCGACCAACUUUGAUGACCUAGAAACGUUCUAUAUAAAGAUGAAGAUACGUCAAAAUGAGACAGGUGAAUAUUUGCAAAAGUAUGAACACUACCCCACUUCAUAUCGAGCAGCUAGUUUGAAGCAUGGAUACUGGUCUCAACCGCAAUUCGAUUGUGAUGGUUAUGUCAAGAAAUGGCUUGUGACCUAUUCGGCACCCUUUUUCGGCUGGGAUAGUAUCAAAGUGAAACUGGAAUUCAAAGGUGUGGUGCAAGUUUCCAUGGAUAUGAUGCAAUUGGAUAUACAACAAUGUCCGGAUUGGUAUUAUGAACCAAAUGCUUUUAAAAAUACAGACAAAUGCGAUGAGCAAACAUCCUAUUGUGUACCGAUUAUGGGUCGUGGCUAUGAAACGGGUGGCUAUAAAUGUGAAUGCAAACAAGGCUAUGAAUAUCCAUUUGAAGAUUUAAUCACCUACUAUGAUGGCCAGUUGGUUGAGGCAGAGUUUCAAAACAUUGUCGUUGACAAAGAAUCCCGUUACGAUAUGUUUAAAUGUCGCUUAGCUGGUGCAUCAGCAAUACAAGCAGCCACCUCUUUAAUUGUGGCGCUACUUGGAUUUACUCUUAUUAUGCUGUACAAGUAUAGAUGAGUGACAAAGUGUGAACCACCAAAAAGAAGAGGUAAAGCAAAAAGAGAAUGCAAAGAAAAUAAAUGUAGUUUUGUAGUAUUUUUUUUACAACAUUAGAAAAUAAGUGCGAAUAUACAAGAAAACGAAUCCGUCCAAAAAUCAUCUGUGCAUUUGUGCAAAAGAACAACUAUCUCAAAUAACAUUGGAGAAAAGCAAAAAAAAGUAAAUAAAAUA